AUGGAGCCCUCACCCCUUGAAUUACCAGCUGACACAGUACAACGCAUUGCGACUCAACUCAGAUGUCACCCUACAGAUGAGAGGGUUGCUCUCCACCUUGAUGAGGAAGACACCCUGAGGCACUUCAGGGAGUAUUUUCACAUCCCCAAAAUGCAGGAUCUGCCUCCAAUUGAUUUAUCUUUAGUGAAUAAGGAUGAAAAUGCCAUCUAUCUCUUGGGAAAUUCUCUUGGCCUUCAACCAAAAAUGAUUAAAACAUAUCUGGAAGAAGAACUAGAUAAGUGGGCCAAAAUGGGCGCCUAUGGUCAUGAGGUUGGGAAACGUCCUUGGAUUACAGGAGAUGAGUGUAUUACAGGUCUUAUGACUGACAUUGUAGGAGCUAAUGAGAAAGAAAUAGUUCUAAUGAAUGCUUUGACUGUUAAUUUACAUCUUCUACUGUUAUCCUUUUUUAAGCCUACACCAAAACGGUAUAAAAUUCUUCUGGAAGCCAAAGCCUUCCCUUCAGAUCACUAUGCUAUUGAGUCACAGCUUCAACUUCACGGACUUAAUGUUGAGAAGAGUAUGCGAAUUAUAAAGCCAAGAGAGGGGGAAGAAACAUUGAGAAUGGAGGAUAUCUUUGAAGUGAUUGAGAAGGAAGGAGAUUCCAUUGCAGUGAUCCUUUUCUGUGGGGUGCAUUUUUAUACUGGCCAGCUCUUUAAUAUUCCUGCCAUCACAAAAGCUGGGCAAGCAAAAGGUUGUUUUGUUGGCUUUGACCUAGCACAUGCAGUUGGAAAUAUUGAACUCCAUUUACAUGACUGGGGAGUUGAUUUUGCCUGCUGGUGCUCCUACAAGUAUUUAAAUUCAGGAGCAGGAGGUCUUGCUGGUGCCUUUGUCCAUGAAAAGCAUGCUCAUACAAUAAAACCUGCACCAAGUAUAAAUAUCUUUAAACAGGCAACUAUGAAAGCACUGAGGAGAAAAUCUAUUUUGCUAACUGGUUAUCUGGAGUACAUGAUCAAGCAUUACAAUCACAAAGAUAAAGCAGAAAGCAAGAAACCACUUGUGAACAUAAUUACUCCAUCCUGUAUAGAGGAAAGGGGCUGCCAGCUAACACUAUCGUUUUCGGCUCCAAUGAAAUAUGUUUACCAAGAACUAGAAAAAAGAGGAGUGGUUUGUGAUAAGCGGGAACCAAACGGCAUUCGAGUGGCUCCAGUUCCUCUCUACAGUUCUUUUCAUGAUGUUUAUAAGUUUGUCAGACUGCUCAUUUCUGCCCUUGACACUGUAGGGACCAAAAAUUAG